AUGGCCCCACGCAAAGCCGGCAAGCAAGCAAGGCAAAGGCAGCAAAUGGAUUCUGCACACAUGGUGAUGAGCGUGGAGCGCCGGUCCAAGCGCACACGGCAAGAAAACAGAAAGCACAUCUUCUCUGUUUUGUCCCCGCAGCGCGCGUGGCCGUUUGAUAGGCCCGUCGCGGGAGCCACCACACACGGAGGAGUGAGCUGCCGAGGUGGUCCAGGAGACCAGUGGGACGAAGAAGGAAGCGGGAUCAAGGAUCCGGCACAGCCACAGGUCCAGAUGGCAGUACCUCUUCGUGCUGAGCAGAUGCUCGUACACGAGACGUAG